AGAGUACAGUGUACACGGGUACAAGGGGUGGAGAAUGAGAUGAGUUAAGACACUACUAGAAUUAUUCAUGUGGUGCUGUUCACCAGUAACGUAACGAGUAAGAACCAACAACACUGUCUUUUUGUUUUUCCUUUUCUUCUCUCUUUCCUCACAUUGAAGCCAAUCUCAAAUUCAGUGAUCUCUUGUUUGUUUAAGGUAGAGAUAGUUGGUGUGUACCAGAGGAAAAGGCCUUCUAGUGUCGUGUCUUCUAAGGAGGUUUCAUUGCACCCACGGUGGCCGAAUCUUCUUGCUUUCUUCUCUCUCUAAGAUAUCCGAAUACCCUUUUAUUCAAUUUUGGAUCUUCACCUCUGAUUUCCUUCUCAUUCGUGGGUUUUAAGUUGGGGUUUCCCCUCAUCAAAUUGUGAACCACAAGCACAAAGUGUAUACCGUGCAUUGGUUCUAGAGGGAAAAGAAAAAUGGCUACACUUUCAGAUAUUGGGCUUGCAGCUGCCUUAAACAUUUUGAGUGCAUUUAUCUUCUUUGUUGCAUUUGCUGUUUUGAGGCUUCAACCUUUUAAUGAUCGAGUGUACUUCCCAAAAUGGUAUCUGAAGGGUUUAAGAACAGAUCCUAUACAUGGAGGAGCAUUUGUCCGCAAGUUUGUCAAUUUAGAUUGGAGAUCAUACCUUAGGUUUUUGAAUUGGAUGCCGGCUGCGCUUAGAAUGCCAGAACCUGAACUGAUUGACCAUGCUGGAUUGGACUCUGUUGUUUACUUGAGGAUUUACUUGAUAGGACUUAAAAUCUUUGUUCCUAUAGCAUUCCUGGCAUGGGCAGUUCUUGUUCCUGUCAACUGGACAAGCACCGGGCUAGAACGAGCUGGGCUAAAUAACAUAACUGCUAGUGACAUUGAUAAACUCUCAAUUUCAAAUGUCCAUAGUCGGUCUGAAAGGUUUUGGGCACACAUAGUAGUUGCUUAUGCAUUCACCUUUUGGACAUGCUAUAUUUUACUAAAGGAGUAUGAAAAAGUUGCCUCAAUGAGAUUGCAAUUUCUUGCAGCAGAAAAACGCCGCCCUGAUCAAUUUACGGUGCUUGUUAGAAAUAUUCCGCCAGAUCCUGAUGAAUCCGUAAGUGAGCUUGUAGAGCACUUUUUUCUGGUCAAUCAUCCAGAUAACUAUCUUACUCACCAGGUUGUUUACAAUGCAAACAAACUGGCAAAGUUGGUAAAAAAGAAGAAGAAGUUGCAAAAUUGGCUUGUAUAUUAUCAAAACAAAGUGGAAAGAACUUCAAAUAGACCUGAAGUAAAGACUGGUUUCCUUGGUCUUUGUGGAAAGAAAGUAGAUGCUAUUGAUCAUUACAAUACUGAAAUUGACAAACUGUCAAAGGAAAUAGCUUUAGAGAGGGAUAAGGUCACUAAUGAUCCCAAGUCUAUUAUGCCUGCUGCAUUUGUGUCAUUUAAAUCUCGGUGGGGUGCUGCAGUUUGUGCACAAACUCAACAAACCAGAAAUCCAACAAUUUGGUUGACUGAGUGGGCUUCAGAGCCACGGGAUGUUUAUUGGUCAAACUUGGCAAUUCCAUAUGUUUCCCUUACUGUUAGAAGGUUGAUCAUAGCCGUGGCAUUCUUUUUUCUCACUUUCUUUUUUAUGAUUCCGAUUGCAUUUGUACAAACUCUUGCAAGUCUUGAUGGAAUCCAGAAAGCAGCACCAUGGUUGAAGCCUCUCAUUCGUAUCCCUUUCAUUAAGUCAUUCAUUCAAGGUUUUCUACCCGGUAUUGCAUUGAAGCUUUUUCUCAUAUUUUUGCCAACAAUAUUGAUGAUCAUGUCAAAAUUUGAAGGCUUUGGAUCUAUAUCAUCUCUGGAGAGGAGAUCAGCUUCUAGAUAUUAUCUUUUCAAUUUUGUGAAUAUAUUUCUUGGGAACAUACUUACUGGAACAGCAUUUCAACAGCUGGACUCUUUCAUUCACCAACCAGCCAAUCAAUAUCCUAUAACAAUUGGCACUGCAAUUCCUUUGAAAGCAAGUUUCUUCAUCACUUAUAUAAUGGUUGAUGGAUGGGCUGGUAUAGCUGCAGAGGUUUUGAUGUUGAAACCACUAAUCAUAUAUCACUUGAAGAAUUUCUUCUUGGUUAAGACUGAAAAGGACAGGGAAGAGGCCAUGGAUCCUGGGAGUAUUGGUUUCAACACUGGAGAACCUCGUAUACAAUUGUACUUUUUGUUGGGUCUAGUCUACGCAGCAGUUACACCUACUGUUCUUCCUUUCAUUAUAAUUUUCUUUGGGCUGGCCUAUGUUGUGUACCGUCAUCAGAUAAUUAAUGUCUAUAAUCAAGAGUACGAGAGUGGUGCAGCUUUCUGGCCUGAUGUCCAUUUUCGUGUGGUGAUUGCGCUGAUAGUGUCGCAGAUAGUUCUGAUGGGACUCCUAACCACUAAAAAGGCUGCUUCAUCAACACCAUUUCUAAUCGCACUCCCAAUACUGACAAUAUGGUUCCAUAGAUACUGCAAAGGCCGUUUUGAACCUGCAUUUGUUAGAUAUCCCUUACAGGAAGCAAUGAUGAAAGACACAUUAGAACGAGCCACUGAGCCUAACCUGAACUUGAAAGCUUAUCUUCAGAAUGCAUAUGUACAUCCAGUUUUUAAGGCUAGCAUUGAUGAUGAUGAUGAUGAUGAAGAGGUUAUCAGUCUAAAGUGGGAAACUGAGAGUAUUACUGUGCCCACAAAACGCCAAUCAAGAAGGAAUACACCAUUGCCCAGCAGAAUCAGUGGUGCAUCGUCCCCUUCUCUACCUGAUGGCAUUCCAAAUAAUCCAGAGCCAUAAAUCAUGGUCCAAGAAAUGAUAUCAUCAUUGUUAACCAGACAGGCUAAGAUGGACGUGCAUAUAUAUUAUAUAAUGGGCUACAUCGGUUGACAUGUGCUUCCAGAAUAAGCUUAGAAAGCUGGGUGGUCUUCUCUUGUAAAAAGCUAGUGUUCAACUUUGGAAUCGGCGCAAACUGUAAGGCUGAGAUUCUUUGAUGAUAUUUCUGAUUUUGUUAAUAGUGAAUUUGUUCCCUUAGUAGAUAAUCAUGCUUUUCAAAAUCUGUAUCACCAAAGCACGUAGAGGAUUUGCAAAACGUUUACCCACGGGAUACCGUAAGUUAUCCAAGAACUGAUCAAGAUUUACAUCCUGUGUAUAAUUUUUUCUCUUUUUACCUUCGUUUUUUCCUUGAGAUUUAGCUCCGCUUAUUUGGGAGGAAAAAGAGUGUCUGUACUUGUGCACGUUUUAAUCAAUGACUUUUCUUUUCAUUGAAUGAUUAUUUCUGUCCACGUUAAUUGUCAAAAGAUACCGACACAACUGGGUACAGACAUAUAUACACAUGUAUAAUGAUCUAUUGUUGUUCAUUUUC